GGCCAGAGAGCCGCUCUCCGCAGCUGCCUGUGAAUGAACUGAAGCGAGGCCGCCGGCCCGCCGGCCCAGCCCCGCCGCGGAUCCCUCCCUACGCCGGCCCCCUCGGAGCGCAGAGCGCGGCCCUGCCCUCCCUCCGCUCCCCGGAGAGCCGGUGCCUUUGGCCGCCGCCGCCGCGGGAACUGAAGGAACAAGUCAUCAUGGGAGCAUUUUUAGACAAGCCAAAGAUGGAGAAGCAUAAUGCCCAAGGGCAGGGUAAUGGGCUACGUUAUGGGCUAAGUAGUAUGCAAGGUUGGCGAGUUGAGAUGGAGGAUGCACAUACAGCUGUUAUUGGUUUGCCAAAUGGACUUGAUGGAUGGUCAUUUUUUGCGGUAUAUGAUGGGCAUGCUGGAUCCCAGGUUGCCAAAUACUGCUGUGAGCAUUUAUUAGAUCACAUCACAAGCAACCAGGAUUUUAAAGGGUCCGAUGGACCACCCUCUGUGGAAAGUGUAAAGAGUGGAAUCAGAACAGGUUUUCUGCAAAUUGAUGAACAUAUGAGAGUAAUCUCUGAGAAGAAACAUGGCGCAGAUAGAAGCGGGUCAACAGCGGUGGGUGUCAUGAUUUCUCCUCAACACACUUACUUCAUCAACUGUGGAGACUCAAGAGGUUUACUUUGUAGAAACAGGAAGGUUCACUUCUUCACACAAGAUCACAAACCAAGUAAUCCACUGGAGAAAGAGCGUAUACAGAAUGCAGGUGGUUCUGUAAUGAUUCAACGUGUGAAUGGCUCUCUUGCUGUGUCUAGAGCUCUUGGGGACUUCGAUUACAAAUGUGUCCAUGGGAAAGGCCCUACAGAGCAACUUGUCUCACCUGAGCCUGAAGUUUAUGAAAUUGAGAGAUCAGAAGAAGAUGAUCAGUUUAUCAUACUGGCUUGUGAUGGUAUCUGGGAUGUUAUGGGAAAUGAAGAGCUCUGUGACUUUGUAAGAUCCAGACUUGAAGUCACUGAUGACCUUGAGAAAGUUUGCAAUGAGAUAGUCGACACCUGCUUGUACAAGGGAAGUCGAGACAACAUGAGUGUGAUUUUGAUCUGUUUUCCAAAUGCACCAAAGGUAUUGCCAGAGGCGGUGAAGAGAGAGGCAGAGUUGGACAAGUACCUGGAAAGCAGAGUAGAAGAGAUCAUAAAGAAGCAGGGUGAAGGAGUGCCAGACUUAGUCCACGUGAUGCGUACGUUAGCAACUGAGAGCAUCCCAAACCUCCCGCCAGGGGGUGAAUUGGCAAGCAAACGGAGUGUGAUUGAAGCUGUUUAUAACAGACUGAACCCCUAUAGAAAUGAUGAUGCUGACUCUGCAUCAACUGAUGAUAUGUGGUAAAACUGCCCAUCUAGCUGUGGAGUUUACAUUCAUCCUCCAGUUGAAAGUGCGGCCCAACCUCAGUGACCCUUCUUAACGUCCAUCCUCAACCUUAUUUAAAGAAGGGAUUAUGAUGUGUUGGUGAGAGUGACUACACCAGAAAACUACAGCAGUACGACAUCUAGCCCAGGAACUGAUGUUUUUUUUGUAAAACAGACUUCUGUAAACGUGAUUUCAAACCAUAAUUCAUGUUGUAAAUCAGACUCCAGCAAUUUAUGUUGUAUGAUUUUGUUUUUGUAAAGUGCAAUUGUCCUUGUACAAAAUGCUCAUAUUUAAUUAUGAACUGCUUUAAAUCACUAUAAAGGUUAGAAGAAAUGUUUGGCUUGUUGUGUGAUGCAACAAAUAUAUAGCCCUUUAAAUUUAUGUUGUGGUUUUGGAUUGCAAGGAGCAGCAGCCUAGCCAGCUAGAUGCUCAAGAGGUGCACAAAACUGUAAGAUUAUUUUUUAUUUUAUAUAAAGCAGAACAUUCGGGCAAUUUAUCCCAACUGUAGUGUAUGAAUUUGCUUGGCAGUGGGAAAAAUAACUAACAUACUGCUCGUUCUCCAACAAACCUAUCUUUUUAUGUUUUCUGUUGCUAUUUACUAUGGUCCCAGUCCUGCUGCCACUUGAAAUCAACAAGAGUUUCGGCUGUGACUUCAAUGGAAGCAGGAUCAUGCUGUAUAAUACAGUGCAAUCAUAAGUAUACCAAUUCUGAGGUUAGAAUGCCUUGAUUCUUUGCACCUCUUUUUUACAAACCCUUACCCGAAAUUACUAAUCAGUUGAGCAAGAGGGAGCAACUUUCUACAUACAGUAGGAGUCUGCAGCAUUUUUACUAUCCUGAUUGGCUGAGUCUGCUGCUGUUCCAAGUAAAAUAUUCUGAAUUCCAUUUUAUCAAUAAAGCUUGAUUUAAAAAACAAGAAAUUUAAUCAUAUAUGUGUAAUUCCUCUUUUUUUCCUGCCUUUUGAAAUUCUGUGCCAUUGUAAAUGAGAUUUCCCAUGUGGAAAAAAUAUUUUUAAAUAAUUGGUAGCCCAUUUUUAAAAUGGGGAGAACUUUGACUGUUGCCCAAGGCAUAGAAAGACACUGGAGGAUGUAGUGGGUUUAAUCUGUUACUCUAUUUUACAUGGAUUUAUUUCAGGCUUUUUAUUUUUCACUGAGAUGAGCAUCAGUUUGAAUUUGCCUACUGUUUAAUGAAAAUACAUUUGUCAAAGCCUGACAAUCUUAACAUUUUAUGGUAUGUGUGUUUUUAAUUGACCCACUUAUUUAGAAUGAGAAACUAGUGGUUAAACAGUAUUUGUGAUUUGAAAUAUAGCAUGUUGACAAUAUGUAACUGUUGGUCAUUAAAAUUAAAUUCUAAUUUAAAAAUUUUAAGGGUAAUAAACAUAAACUAAAUUGACUUAAGCUUAACUUUCUCCCAUUGAACAUACAAAAAGUAAGUUUUCAAAUCAGUCGUGUUUGCAAAACUACUGUUUUGUGCACCUUGUAUUCUUGUCUUCUUAGGUUGAGGAUAUUGUGUUUGUUGUUAUAUAGUAGUUUACUUUAAUCAUUCAGUAGGCAGAGUCCCCAAAAGGAAAAUCAGUAAAAUAUAAGUAGCUUGUAACACUUACCACAACUAAACAAAAAAUCAAAACUUGGUGUAAAAUUACUUUUUGAUAGGAAAAUGUAGUACAAUGCGUUUUGCUAUAUUUGUCUUUUCCCUAACUUUGAAAUAUACAUAUUUGUAUAUAUAGCCUUAAAACUAAUGCAGAGUUAGGGAACUUUGAACAGUGAAAAAGUAACUUAUAGUGUCUCAGAAUUAAGUAUAGUAUAUACCAGCAAAAUCUUUCUUUUAUCCCUCUUGUUUAUGUGGGGUGCUUAAACGUAACUUCAUUGUAUUCAGUUUGUAAUCUGUUCAAGCAUGAAUGAAGAAACCAUAAGCACUAUUUGUAUUUAUAAAUUUAUAGCAAUUUUUGGUUAAAGAACCAAUUCCUUACCGACCUACAAAUAAAUGCUUAAAAUGUCUAAUUUUGUUGUAGAGUGCAAAACUAUAAUAAUGUCAUAAGUUAUAGCUUCGCAAGCACCUAAUUAACAAAUGUAUUUAAUACUACACGGUAUACUAGUACAGAAAGCUAAACUUAUUUUUAGGAUUAGGCAGAUAAAGUUCUGUUCUUUACUUUUCUACAUAGACUAAAGUUUAGUUCUGGAAACUGCAAAACCUUGAACUGGACUGUGGAAACUUUGAGACCUAAAAUCUUAAAAAAUCACAAGCAAAAUUGUGGUGGAAAGCCAUACUUCAAAUAUAAUCACUUAAAAUGUGUCAUAAUGACAUACUGUGUACUAAAAGCAUUUUCAUCUGAGAGGCCCUUCCUAAAAAUAUAAACAUAAUUCUUCUGCUAUUGCUACCAGUGCUUGUAACUAGGUUUGGAGGUAAAGGAGGAAUGUCUAUUGCAAUCCUUCCUUUUUCUGCCUUACGUUCAGCACUUUUGUGUGGUCAGAGCACUGAGGCUAUUAUGUGUGCAUAAACACUGCCAUUCUAGGUACAGAUUUUGAUUACAAAAAUACAUGUAUUAAGUACAUAAAAACAUUCUUGCAAAGGACUAGCUGGUCUUUUCAUGAAUCUGCAAAAAAAAAAAAAAAAUCUUAAAAAGGCACUUUUGCACCUUUGUGCAUUUCCUUUUUGCACCAGUUAAACUUUUUUUUAAUGCUAAAAACAUUAGCACCUCAGGGGCAAGGCAGCAGAAUUUUUGAAGUAUUGUGUGCUAUUUAUUUCCCUCGGGAAAAGAUUCCUGUGUGACAAAAAUGCAAACAAUGUGCUGUUCAAAAAUGUAUUUUGAAUAGAUGUUCAAAUAGGAUGGUCCCAAUUCGCUUGUUUUUAAAAAGAAAUGACAUUUUGUAAAGCUAUUUUGCUUCAUAUGCCAUGCAAGUUUCUGUGUUUUUCUUUACAUUUGACAGCUUCACUGGUUUCAGUUUCUGUGAAUAUUGUUAUAGUCAGAUUAAAUGUUUCACUGAUCAUUUUGGGAAAAUAUUGUACUGCUUUAUAGAUAACACCGUUUCAAAUAAUCUUAAACUACUCUCAUUAAUUCAGCUUUGGGGAGGUAUGUUAUUUAAGGUAGAAUUUUUAAAAUGUAUUAACUUUUAAAACCAGUGUCAAACUUACCAAAUGAAAUUGCAUUUUUAAUAAAUGGGGCACUAGGUUUGCAAUUUACAGUGCAUGGGAGACCCCUGCAUUCAUACAGAGUCCUGAAAAAUCUGGGUGCAGGACUCUUGUCCUGCAUUGUAAAUCGGAAAUCUCUAGGUCCUUUAUAGUUGGCUUGCUGUGGUGCUAGUCCAUCAGUAGCACUAUAGAGAGCUUGUCACUUUGCCAUCGUUCAAUUUCAUCCUUCGGCAGAAGUCAGAAUCAGAGAAAAGAAUUUCAUCUGCAUGUCUUUAUAGUGUGCUGAAUUGGGGUAAUCCCAGGACAGUCGACCAUUGCAGCAAGAUGUCUGAAGAAUAUUAACCAGUAGUUCAGUAACUACAACACUCUCUUGAUAAUUAUUUUUCUAACCUACAGCACUUGUUAACAUCUUGUAGUUAUGGAUAUUGACUGACUUUUGAACAUCAGCACGAUCUACUGCAAAGUUAAUGCAUCCUCAGUUGCAUAGGUUAAAAUAUGAAUAAAAAAGUUACUGGCCAUUUUGCUCAGUCCAAGAAUUUGAAAAUUCAUUAGGUAAUUCAACAAACUGAAAUAAGGAAUAUAGCAUUUAUUGCAAUUGUUAUUUUCCUUCUGCUAGUGCCAUCUUAACUAAACUAAACUUUUGACUGUUAAUUAUGAAUAGGGUGGACAACAAGGCAACAUUUUGGCUGAACGCUGCUGUUAAUCGUUUAAAAAAAAUAUUUUAGGACUGACUCCUUUGGCAGCUCCUUGUAAGGGAGUGUAAAGGUCAUUGCUUGUAUAUUUCCUUAUGGAAUUGAUUUAAAAUAUAAGCAUUUUGCUUUAGUAUUAAACAUUCAUUUUUUGUUAAACAACUAUUGAAUAGAAGCUAUAUGCAUCCGAAGAAGUGGGCUGUAGUCCACGAAAGCUUAUGCUCUAAUAAAUUUGUUAGUCUCUAAGGUGCCCCAAGUACUCCUGUUCUUUUAUUGAAUAGAAGUUUCUUUAGCCUUACAUGGGAGUGUCACACUGAAAAAAAAUCUGAUUAUUUUGCUUCUGGUAGCUCUGUACAAACAUGAAGGCAUAAUUCCUCUCCUGACUGGCUGACAAGAUGGCUGCCACCAUCUUGCAACUCAGAAGUAUCAGUUGUAAUUGAACUUUAUUCCCAAAUAUAUCAGCAUUCAUUCAUGCUGACACAUGCUUCAUACCUUAAGAACCUUUAGACAAACAUGUUUUUUUCAAAUUAGAUAACGCUAUGUUCAAAUAGUUUGAUAUGUUUGAAUACUCUGAAUUGGUGUGAAAGCUUAAACCUUUAAUUUAGAGCAUGAUGUACAAUAGGCAGCUGAGUAUUAUAAAACUUUUUACUAUAAAUAUUUGCUGAUGAGUUGCUUCAUGGGAAUUAGAAACUGGCAGCACGUUGUUUACUAUAUGUAGGUAAAGAGACCUGCAGUUGACAAAUUUAGUGUAAUGGAGUGGUCCAAUUUGCUGCCAGGCUUCACUUCAUUAGAUGUGAAAAUUAUGUUUUUAGCCCCUCAUUGUAGCUCCUUUUUAGUGUCUAAAAGUACAUGUUCAUAAACUGUUGUUUGGUCUUUAUACUGUUGUCUCAAAUUAGGUCACUUUUGGUUAGAUGGACUCUCAACACUUCAAAAAUAAAUUGGUGUUGAGAGACAUGCUCAUACUGUGUGAAUUUUCUGAAUGCUGUGCUGAGCAAAAUGAAAGCCAUCUCUUAUGUGAACUGCAAAGCCAACAUGGAAAUUGAGUGAAACUUAGAAGUAUGUGCUGACCAGAUUACGGAAGAAUUCAACUCAGAAAUCAGACCUUGCAAUAAACUGCAUGAUUGGUCCCCUGAACUGAUAUGAACUGAAGUCAGUGGGUCUCUGUGCAGGCACAGGAAUAUACCUGCUGUGGUUCAUUGCAGGACUGCUUAAGUCUGCUUAAAUGAAAUUGCUUUGCUAUAUUGUCAGUGCGCUGUAAUGGUGAUUUCAGAGCCCUGUGUCAUGGCAAUUGCCGUCAUAGCAACGCUUGUAAGAAGCCAUAGUAAUAAUUUUUUUUAAUUCCCCUCCCUGUCCCUGGCACUCAAGUUCACUGGACAUGCCAGAAUGCCCCCUUGUUUGUGAUGUGUCCAGGGUUCUGUGCUUGUACUGUCCCACUUCAAAAGCACACUUUUUCAGCAAAGUCUAUCAGCCUGGUCAACUGAUUCCUGAAAAAUAAACGAAAAAUUGCACUGCCCUGUGAUCUUCUGAUCACCUCUUUUUGUCUACUUAGAUUAUAAACUUGAGAGCAGGGUCCAUUUUUUCUCUUUCCUCUGAGUAUCACUGAUUAUAUUGGAGCUUGACAAAUAUUUGUGAUAUGACUUGCAUUAAAGCUAGAGUGGGGAAAAUUAAACUAAAACUAAAUGUGAUUAUCUGAUGAAGGAGUUCACAAUCUGUUAUUGGGGGAGGUCUCCAGCAUAUUUCUGGGUUUAACUUAAUUUUUGUUUUAGCUUUGCAGUACACUUUUAAUGCCCCAUAAAGUGUUUAUUCUUCAUAUGUGGUCAUUGUUUUAAGACCUUACUAGCCCAAGCUAAAGGACUCAUCCUAUUUUUCUCAUGUUUUAGUUUCUCUCAACCUUAAUGUUUAAGGAGGUUGGAUUUAUAUAUUUUUUCUUUUAUGGGGACAUGAGUAAUUCACAUUAAAAUAUGGUUCUGCUCUGAAAAGUUACUUAAAUCAAUAUUAGUAUCACAAUUUUUUUAAUCUAUUAUCACAUCCUAGGAUCUCAUCCAUUCUGCUUACAAGUAAAAAUGUUUUUGAGUUCUACUCUUGCAAAUUCUUAGGCCAGGUCUACACUAACCCCCUAAUUCGAACUAAGGUACGCAACUUCAGCUACAUGAAUAACGUAGCUGAAGUUCGAAGUACCUUAGUUCGAACUUACCUCAGUUCACACGCGGCAGGCAGGCUCCCCCGUCGACUCCGCGGUACUCCUCUCAUCUAGCUGGAGUACCGCAGUCGACAGCAAGCACUUCCGGGUUCGACUUAUCGCGUCCAGACAAGACGCGAUAAGUUGAACCAGAAGUUCGAUUGCUCGCCGCCGAACUACCAGGUAAGUGUAGACCUACCCUUAGUCCCUGAAUCUGAAAGUCAGGCUGGGUUCUUUCUGUGCCAUUCCUCCCCAACAAUAAAGAUUCUGCCUUCAGAACUUUGAGCCUAAUCCUUCAAGCACUACUAGAUGUCAGAGUUUUUAAAAUUACUUAGUUGCCUAGUGGGAUUUUCAAAAGCACCUAAGUGCCUAACUCCCCUUGAAAUCAGUAGGAGUUAGAUGCCUAUCUGCAUUUUUAGGUGCCUAAGUAUCUUUAAAAAUAUGGCCCAUAGUGCUUACCCCUACAACUGACCAGUACUAUUCAUGCUAGCAAACGCUAUGCUGGGUAGUAAGCUUUUUUUUUUUAUAGGACUGGGUCUUUAGUUCUCAACUUUGUUGACACUGCACAAGCCAGGAUACAAGUCAGCUCGCUCUUCAUAGCUAUUGGGCUUAAAGAGCUAACAGGAGUCGGGUGGCUUUUGUUUUUAACUCUAAUCAACAAAUAAAUAGGCAGGAAUCUGUAUAUACACAGGGAGCAGGUCAACUGAGUGCAGUCACUUUUCAGAGCAGAAGCAUGAUUUAAAGAAAAUUACAAGGCUUCCCAUUUAAUUUAAAGGAACACUGUUGGGUUGAAAAUCAUGUUACAUUUUGUAAUCUGUGUCAGAAGUUUUAGAUUAAAUUUAAACCCGAAGAUCUUAAUUUUACUACUAAUGCUGACUUUACUUUUUUUGCAUUUCAAAUCAGUUUGUACAAUGAAAAUAGAGUAGUCAUUUAAUGUUCACUUUCUGGUUCUCCGGCACUAGCACUGAACUGCAAUAUUUCACUUGCAGAAACGGCAAAGGAAAGUUUAAAUGCUAUGGCGCCAAUCCUGCAAACAUUUGUGCAUGUACACUAUUGACCUUUAGGCCCUGCAAGGUCCCAUUGAAGUUGAACUAUAAUUGCAGCAUGUAAAGUUACGUGUGUGCACGCCUUUGUGGCAUUAGAGUCUCAACUGUUCUAUUUUCACUGGAAUUAAACGGCAACAAAAAGGUAAUUUUAUUCACCUUUGCUUUUGAAAAACAUUUUAAAGUCUAAAUCACCUCACAGUGUUCUUUUAAAGGGAACAAAGAUGAUGGUGUUAAAAUAAGAUGUUUUCAUAGAAAAUUAAGGACAGCAAUUUCUUGUUAUAUAACUUUCAAACGUCUAAUUCAGCUAUCUUUCUUCAAAGCAUCCAAUGAGCAGUUUUAAGAAAUUUCUUCUCUAUUUAUUAUGCAGCUUUUCAUCAAAAGCUUGGAGAAGGGUAAAAUUAGGUGUAAAUUUUUGGGAGGGAUUUGGUUACUCCAGCCCUACAAUAUCUGAACCAGUUUCUUAUGUGGUGGGAGUUGGAGUUAACACAAUUUGUGUCCAGUAAUGGACCUACUGAAUGCUCUGAUACUGAGAGAAACUGUUACAAGGAAAUUAGCAUUCUUGCUGAUAAGAUUCAAUCUGCUGCCAUUUGGAACUUGCAGAAUAUUAAACUGGAAAAUCAUCAUUUACGAUAGACAGCAGUACAUCCAGUGUCGCUGUAAGUGAAAUGUUACCACACAUUUUGUUGGCAAGUAUUUACCACCACAGCGUAACCACUUGAUUCUGGAAGUCAGGAUUUCCUAGGAUAUGUUUCAUUGUUGGUAUGGGGGUUCAUUGUGACCUUGGGUACCAAUUUGGAUUUAUUAACCUGAUCUGUUGAUGACCCACUUUAACUUUUUGGUGCCAGGAAUCUAGUGCUUACUGUAAGUGCUAAAUCAAGCAAAUGGCUAAUAGUGCAAAAUGCCCGGUAGUUCAGUGCCUGGAAAUCCCAACCACCAGUGCCAAAGGGUUAAUGCGAGAGAUGGCCUUCUCCAAAAAUGUGGGCUCCCUUAUCUAGGGCAAACUGAAUGCAAUUUAUUUUCAAGAGGGUGAAGUCUUUAGUGUGGUUUCUUGAACUGGCUGGCUGAUAAAUCAUUUAGACCAGAGUUUUUUGCAUCUGUCUUGGUGCUAAGGCCAUGUAGAAACAUACUGAAUUAAAGUUUUUCCCCAUCCUCCUUACACAAGUGAAUCCACAUUGUAUCAUAAAACAAAAUUUCAUUUGUAGUGACAUGCUGUGCCUGUCUUUUUAGAAAGCUUAAUCUACUCUUUAUAUACAUAUAUAUAUAUAUUUUGUGGAAGUGUAACUUUUUCAUUGAUAACCUGUAUAAAUGUGUGUUGUGAAUGGAGAGAUUUAAGCUUGAAAAGCAUGUUUGCAGAAUACACAGCCUCAUUAUGAAAUUUAUAAAUUUAACAGAGUAAUAUACAAGAGCAAAACUAUUUUCCUUAAGUAAAAUGUAUUACAAUAUAUAAUAAAUUAUCCAGUAAUUCACCCACUAUUUACAGGUUUACGCAAUUCAAACUGUUUACAGAAAGUUCAAUAAAUGUAUAUUUUGUACUAUGUACAGAUUCCUGGUCCCAAAGAAAAUGUGUGAAUUUAGUUUCUAACUUUGAGAUUGUAUUUUUUUUUUUUGAGUCGGUUGAACAAAUUGCAUUAAGCUUAUUAAUGGUGAAGAAUUGUAGUUGGGGGAUGAAAAUUAGAAAUUUCUAAAUGGUGCCACUAAAUAAACAGGCAAUUACAUAA